AUGAGAAGUUUGAAAGCUGACGACUCUACGAACUGGGCGAAACGCGGCGUCGCGCUGCUUGCCAUGAACGGCCCAACAAACAGCGGGAGGCAACGGCUUGUGGUAAACCCGGGCGAGCGGCUACCGGCCACGAGGCGGAGCCAGGGCCAUCCGCGCAUGGCACAGGGCAAUCGCAUCGGACAAAUGCCCCCGCCGCCCCAGCAGAUGUAUGCGGUCGAGCCGCAGGCGGCGUAUGGUCAGCCGCAGGCGGCGUAUGGUCAGCCGCAGGCGGCGUAUGGUCAGCCGCAGGCGGCGUAUGGCCAGCCGCAGGCCGCGUAUGGCCAGCCGCAGGCCGCGUAUAAUCAGCCGCAGGCCACGUAUGGUCAGCCGCAGGCCGCGUAUGGUCCGCAGCAGCCGCUGUUCGACCCGCGGAGGAGCACAAUGACGAUGCCGAAGCCGCAGCGGAACACAAUGACGAUGCCAAAGCCACAGCGCCACGAAAUGCAGGAAAAUCAGGGGAUGCGGACUCUCCGCCGGCCGUCGAGUGUUGCGCGGCAGUCGACUCUUGCAUCACCGUCCAGGACGAAACUUACCAGACACUCCACGAUGGGACGUCAGCCGGAUGCCCACCAAGACGACGUGUACCGCGGUCAGGACAUGUACGGAUCACAAGACGUGUACAGUCGGCAAGACCCGCACGGUCAGCGGAAGGCCAACUCUGCCACACCACCGCCGCCGCCGCUAGAGCCGGAGCAACAUCGUGGCAUAGCUUACGCCGACGGGUCCGAUCUCCCGCCGCCGCCACCGCCUUACGUCACCGGUCAACCCGGGCAGGAUGUGCCGGGGCAGUACAUCGUGCGCCCCGUCACUCCGCGCCGUCCGCCGCCGGUCCCACCCAAACCGAGCGCGGGCUCUACGCUCGGCCGAUCGAAGUCCACUCUGCCGCGCGGGCGGGCGCAGCAGCGUACGUCCAGUGCGGCCCGCGCGUCUAGUAGUCAUCGCGUCCGCGUGAUGCCAGGACCCGAUGACCUGCCCCCAUUACCGCCGCGCGAGGAGCGCAGUUCGGUCCCUCUGCCAAACGACUCCACCCCCACACCGCUCCAGCAGUGGGUCGACUCCACUGCGCAGUUCGCCGGCCGCCCUCCCCCCUCGCAACCCUCCGAGUACGACACCUCGGCCCAAACAACCAAACGGCCCCACGCCGUGUACUUCCGCGACGGCCAGAUGCCUGUGACCUACGAACCGUCCCCCGCCGCUGGCUACGGCCAACCGGUCGCUGGCUACGGCCAACCGGUCGCUGGCUACGGCCAACCGGUCGCUGGCUACGGCCAACCGGUCGCUGGCUACGGCCAACCGGUCGCUGGCUAUGGCCAGCCAGUCGCUGGCUACGGCCAACCAGUCGCUGGCUACGGCCAACCAGUCGCUGGCUAUGGCCAGCCAGUCGCUGGCUACGGCCAGCCAGUCGCUGGCUAUGACCAACCAGUCGCUGGCUACGGUCAGGGCCGGAAGUCGACCUUGAACGGUCACGCCCGGCAGUCGAUCAUGAGCGGUCACGACCGGCAGUCGACCGUGAGCUCGGGUUCGGGUCCAACGCGGUACGCCACGCCACCGUUUGCGCGGCAGUCCAUCGAGUUGCUCGAGGAGCAGGAGAUUGAGUACGGGGCGGUGCGGGAGACUCCGAUGCUGGAGACUCGGGGGCGGAAGGAGCAGGUGUCGCCGGCUGAGUACGCGACGGUGCAGGAGACUCCGAUGCUGGUGACUCGGGGGCUGGAACAGCUGCUGGAUGGGGGGCCGGCACCGUUGGUGUUGAUGGACCGUGUGCCAGUGGAGCCGGACUUUGUGCAGGAUUUGACUGAGGACUUGAGGAAGUCGACUGGGAAGUUGAAGGAGAAGCCGGAGGUGGCAGAAACGGUGUUUAACCACCCACGCGCGGCGUUUGGUGUUGCGGUAGCGAAUUUUGAGGAUGUGCUUUUGCACAUGCCGAAGGACACGCGUGAUAUGUUGGUGGAGAAAGCGGAGAAAAUGGUAUUGGAGUUGAAGAGCAAGGACAAGCGUUUCUUUACACGUGCGUCGCAGAUGUGUGUGUAUGUGAAUCGGCAUAAUGAGUUGCAGGUGGAUUUUUUCGGGCCGUGUUUGGUGUCGAAAAGUUCGAAGAGCGCGAAGGAGUUGAAUGCGACGGUGAUGGUGCGUGCCUUGCGGGAAGCGGCGGUGGCGGCUGGGGCGGUGCGUGGUGAUACUCAAACACGUGGUGCGGCCGGACAGGUCUUUCCGGGGAGGCCGGAGCUGGAAUUGGCUUCGAACGCGCCGGUGACAGUGGUGUUAGGUGAGAAGCGCGGGAUCCCAGUGUGGCCACCGGCCAACGCGCAGGGGGCCACGGUCAUGCGUUCACCAAUGUCCGCCAUCGCACGACAGGGUGACCAGGUGUUGUUAGAUACCGAACGUUCGACUGUGCGUGGGACAUUAACGCUCCUUGCCAAAAAGUACAACUACAACUUCGACGUGCGAAGCUGCAUCAACCGCGUACCUGGCGGCUUGGCUUGGGGAGUACCAGCGAUGAAGGUCAUAGACUUUCUGCGCCUCUGCCCUCAACUCCUUGACAACCACAAGUUUAUGAAAAACAUCAAAGACCUCAUCGAUGGCGUCCUCAUGAAACUACACGUCGAAAACUCAUUCUGCACCGAAGAACAACUUUACAUUAACGUCACCCUCAACUCCGAAAUACGAAUCGACGCAAUGGGCACCGUCGCCAAAAUCGGACAAGCCGGGGAUCCUGAAGAACCCAAGGAUCGUAUCAUCAACAACAAGGCGUGUAAACAUAUCCGCGAGGAGACCUACGAGCGUAUCCUUAGGAAAGCCAGCGGCGUCAAAGGAUUCUAUUGA